AUCUUCGGUGACAGUAUCACUUUUGUUUUGAUUCUUAAGCAGUCAAAAACGGUUUUUAUACAACUUUUUUUUGUUGAAAAAACAAAAUUGUUUCACUAAACGAAAGAAAUCCAUCAAAUAAAAUGACAAAAUCAAUGCUAUUGUUGUUCGUUUUGAUCGCUAUUUGUGCGGUUGCGUUUGCAAAUCCAACCCCUCAAUUUGGGUUCGGAAAUCAAUACGGUUUUGGAGGAGGUUAUCCUGGAUACGGGGGUUAUCAAAACUUCGGCGGAUAUGAUGGAGGAUAUGGGGGAUAUGGAGGAUAUGGAGGAUAUGGCGGACAUGGUGGACAUGGUGGAUAUGGUGGAUAUGGAGGAUAUGGAGGAGGUCACCAUCAUCAUGGACACCAUCAUCAUGGAUAAAAAUGUGCCGAGAGUUAGUUGACCAGAAGAUUAGCAAUAACAUACGUUAUAAAUUUAAUUCAAUAAAAUCUAUUUGUAAAAAGAAA